AUGGCUCGCAAGAAGGUGGCCCUCCGGUAUAUCCGCAAUGACUCGACGCGGCUCAAUACCUUGAAGAAGCGUACCAAGUACCUGAUGAAGAAGGCCGGUGAGGUGGCCACCUUGUGCAAUGCCAAGGCCUGUGUGCUGGUGUAUGGUGAGGGCGCAAUGGUGCCAGAGGUGUUCCCAUCCCAUGCCGAGGCGAUGGCUAUCCUAAGUCGGUUCAAGAGCAUGCCAGAGGUGCCACAGCUAAAGAAGAAGAUGGACCAGGAGACCAUUCUUAGCCGGCGCCUCAUACAACUCCGACAUCAGGUAGAGAAGAUUAGGUGCGAGCGCGAGGACCGUGAGGCCAGGAUUCUCUUGCACAAGGCCAUGGUCAGUGGACACCUCCCAGGAAACAUCGAGGAGCUCACAACCAUGGCCUGGAAGUUAGAGUUAAUCCUUAAGAGCCUGAGGGAGCGCAUCACGAAAAUAACUGGGCAGCUGCCAGUCUACCAAGCCCAGGCGCCAUAUGUCACCGGCGGCAUGGACAUGGGGUCUCCGAUGUAUCAGGCAUUGCGACAGCAGCAGGAGGGAUGGCUUGACAUGGCGAGGUCCCAAGGGAACCCCGACACCCAGAUCUACAAUGGACACAAUACUGGUCUAUGA